AUGGCCGCCCCCUCUCCCUACAAGGUCCGAAAGAUCGGACGCCCAAACACUUUGGAGCACCGCAUCUACAUCGAGAAGGAUGGCGUCCCCAUUUCUCCCUUCCACGACAUCCCUCUGUAUGCCAACGAGCAGCAGACCAUCUUGAACAUGAUCGUUGAGAUCCCACGAUGGACCAAUGGCAAGUUGGAAAUCUCCAAGGAGGAACUCCUCAACCCCAUCAAGCAGGACGUCAAGAAGGGCAAGCUCCGUUUCGUCCGCAACUGCUUCCCCCACAAGGGUUACCUCUGGAACUACGGUGCAUUCCCUCAGACCUGGGAGGACCCCAACGUCAUCCACCCAGAGACCAAGGCCAAGGGUGACAAUGACCCAUUGGACGUCUGCGAGAUCGGUGAACUUGUCGGAUACCCGGGUCAAGUCAAGCAGGUCAAGGUCCUUGGUGUCAUGGCUCUUCUCGACGAGGAGGAGACCGACUGGAAGGUCAUCGUCAUCGACAUCAACGACCCAUUGGCUCCAAAGCUCAACGACAUCGAGGAUGUCGAGAGACACCUCCCAGGUCUGUUGAGGGCCACCAACGAGUGGUUCCGUAUCUACAAGAUCCCAGAUGGAAAGCCUGAGAACCAGUUCGCUUUCACCGGCGAGUGCAAGAACAAGAAGUACGCUACUGACAUCGUCCGUGAGUGUGCUGAGGCUUGGGACAAGCUCAUCACUGGCAAGACCAACCCUGGUGAUGUCUCUACUACCAACCUUACCGUGAAGCACUCACCAAGCCGUGUCAACCCUGACCAGCUUCCUCAAAUUCCUGCCAACGAGGAGCUUGCCCCCGCUCCAAUUGACCCAAGCAUUGACAAGUGGUUCUUCAUUUCUGGCGCUGCCAACUAA